CUUCACUCUCUAUGGCCUUCAACUGCAGAGACUGUCCGCGCUCCUUCAACACUAUUUCAGCGCUCUCAUCUCAUUGUCGUGCGAAAGCCCAUGCCUUUCAUGCAUGCAUCGAUUGUGAUCGUGUGUUCGUGAACAGUGUAGCGCUGGCACAGCAUCUCGCUGCGUCUCCUGCGCACACAGAUUCCGAUCCUUCCAGCGACGAAAGUGACGACGGCAGUGAUGCAUCUGACGAUGAGGAGCCUUACUGCAGGGGGUGCGAUCGCUGGUUUAUCGACCUCGAUAGCCUAUACCAGCACCUGUCUGCGAGCCUAAAGCAUAACUGGUGCUUUAUUUGUUCUAGGGAUUUCAAUUCGGAGACCGCGCUAGAUCAACAUAAUUUAUCGAAGCUGGCCCAUGCCGAUCGAUCCUUCAGGUGCCCCUUCUGUUCGAAGAUGUUCAAGGCGCCUUCCGCCAUUGCCCAUCACAUCGAGUCCGGUUGCCAUAAGAUCAAUCGCCACCAAGUCACCGCAGCAGUGAAGAAGCUCAAGAUUGUUCCCGACAUAUGCAUCACCCGGCUUCUCCCUUCUUCAGGUCCGCCUACGAUUUCAACUUACAUUGCGACGGAACAAUCGUUCAAUGGAACAUCGUACGAAUGCUUCUUAUGCCACAAGGGCUUUCGACUCCUUACCAGCCUUAACGCGCACCUGGCUUCGCCGGCCCACGACGCCGACGAAUUCAGGUGCCCAAAGUGCAACAAGGACUUUACGGUAAUUUCAGCACUUGUCCAACAUAUUGAGAGCGAGGUUUGUGGUCUAGCUAAGAUGCAGGAGGUUCAGGGUACUUUCAACGAUUUGACGGCGAACUUCUCUCGUCUACUUCGUGUUUGAACAUGUCGAUGUUCUGGUACGUUCAUUUUUGUGCAGCUCGCCGUUGCCUUAUUCUCUUAUCUAGGGGACUGAAACAUAGAUCAACGCUAGUCGUAGCGUUGUUCUAUUUUACAGCCUUCAAACCCUAGAUUCUUUUUUUGUUUCGUAUCGUUCUUGUCUGCUCCGCGUCAAGUUGUUUUACCCUGCAGUCAUCGUCAGUUCUUGUAAAGCUACCUGGAGUUGAUAGUGAAUCUCUAUUCAACGUGUCGUAUGUGUAACACUCAAAGAGUUUUGCUUGCCUA